AUGCCAACAAAUCUGACGUAUUGGCCUAACGAGCCGCUGUACGCCGUGGGCGAGGUCGUGUAUCUCGCCGCCGCAGGCUGGGAGCAGCCCGCCGGACCGUACGAGGUCGUGUCUAGCAACAACGAAAACUCGACAUAUGUCAUCAAAAGGCUGGACAAUGGUCAUCAGCAUCCACGUGCCGUGCCGGAGAGCAGCCUGCGAGUGCUGGCAUGA